AUGAAAGCGGAAGACCUAAAGGUUCUCUUGGAUACUUUGGCUUCCGACUUGGACCCACAGGAUAAACUUCUUCUAGCCAAUGCGAAUAACCAAGCUGAAUUACUCUCCUUCCUCGAUGUUAUGCUGUCCCAGGAUGCUGAGUCUUUGCUGACACCAGCACAACCAAGUAGUUCGUUUGAAGCAAAUUCCAAAAAUGUCAUGGAAGAGCUGGCGGAGCUGGAUAAUUCACAGAGAGCUCUAGAGAAACAAAUUAAAGACCAAUUACUGAAAAACAUUGAUCUGGUGAUCGAGAGUAAUAAUGAGGUCAACCAAUAUUUGGAUUUAUUUCAACAGAUUGACAGGUCAAUCUACGAUAUGAAAGGACAGAGAGAAGAUGAAGAGCUUAAGAAUUUGAGUAAUUUGAACGUUGAAAUCGAAAUUUCCUCAUCAGUCUUGAACAGUAUUGAUGAUGUAAUGGAUAUCCUGGAGCUACCAGCUUUAACUAAUAUUUGCAUUAAGAACGGGCACUAUAGUGAAUGUGUGGACAUCUCAUCCCACCUAAGGAGACUAUGUAUCCGUUUCCCUCAUCUAGAAGUCAUGAAAAAGGUCGAAACAGACACUCAAAGCGAGAUUACGAUAAUGAUCAACGGUUUACUGAAACUGUUGACUACUAACCUGAAACAGUCCAAUGUGGUGAAGAUAAUCAACUACUUGAGAAGGCUUUCAAUUACUAAGAGCGAUUCCUCGGAGCUGAAUGGACAUGACUUGAAAAAGGAAACUUCUGUAUUCUCCACCGAUGAUUUGAAGACAAUCUUCUUACACUCUAGAUACAACUUCAUAAUGGAAGAAUUAGAUGAUCUCAAGGGUCUAAAAGAUUCCAAUCUGCAUGAGAAGUACUUGAAGAGGUGUAUAGAAGUCAUAAGGGAACAUUCUUUUGCUACAUUGAUGUCACUAGAGACCAUUUUCCAAGAAUCAUCAGUUAAUGACCGUCAACUAACUGCCAUGUUACUCUCGUCUUAUGUCAAAGCAAUUGCUUCUCGCCUUUGUGACAUAUUGAAGGAAAGUUUACCCAAAGUUUCUGACCCAAUUAGCAAAGAUAGUUUACUACUACAGACCCUGUACUGCUCACAAUCUUUAGGUAGAAAAGGUUGUGACUUUACUGUCAUCCUACGAAAAGAACUGCAACAUAAUUGCACACCCCCAGUUAUUUCGCCUGAGGAGUGGAAAAGAGUAGUACAAAAACAGCAAGAUUUGAUUCGGACAGUGGAAUGA